AUGUCGAGCGAAGAUAUGCUAUAUGCAAAGGGGUCUAAAAUAUGGGUACCUCACCCAGAGCUGGUAUGGGAGAGUGCAACAGUUUCACGGGAUUAUCACAAAGGGGCCACUACCAUACAAAUCGUCAAAGAUUCUGGCACUACAAUCGAACUAUCUAUAAAACCCGAUGGAAGUAAUCUACCACCUCUGAGAAAUCCCGCCAUUCUGAUCGGUCAAAAUGAUUUAACGGCUAUGUCGUAUCUUCAUGAGCCCGCCGUAUUACAUAAUUUGAAAGUCCGUUUCUGUGAACGUCAAACUAUCUACACGUACUGUGGCAUCAUACUUGUGGCCAUAAAUCCAUAUGCCGAACUACCGCUUUAUGGUCCAAGCAUAAUACGUGCAUAUCGAGGCCGCUCAAUGGGGGAAUUAGAACCACAUAUAUUCGCUUUGGCUGAAGAAGCAUACACAAAACUUGAGCGUGAAAAAUGUGAUCUUAGCAUAAUUGUGAGUGGUGAAUCAGGUGCUGGUAAAACUGUAUCUGCAAAGUAUGCGAUGCGUUAUUUUGCUGCUGUAGGAGGAUCGGAAUCUGAAACACAAGUUGAACGUAAAGUGCUUGCUUCCUCACCAAUAAUGGAGGCUUUUGGAAAUGCUAAAACUACUCGUAAUGACAAUAGUUCACGUUUUGGUAAAUUUACCAAAUUGCUUUUUAAGAAUAAUAUGAGUGUUAUGAAUCUUACUGGGGCAACAAUGCACACAUACUUGCUGGAAAAAUCACGUGUUGUAUUUCAAGCACCCGGCGAACGAAACUAUCAUAUUUUCUAUCAACUUUGUGAUGCACGAGAGAUGCAUCCUGAGUUAAUACUAGAUCAUCAGGAUAAAUUCGAAUACCUAAAAAUGGGCCUAUCGCCCGAUAUCGAUAAAGUAUCAGACAAAGAUCAAUUCAAGGAGACUAUACAGGCCAUGACUGUGCUGGGUUUUAGCACUUUGCAGAUUACAGAUAUAUUAAAUAUUCUUGCUGGCAUAUUACAUUUAGGUAAUAUAAAGUUCAUUCCACAAUCCAAAAAAGGAAGUGAAGACGUAGAUCCUGAUGGUUGUGAAAUUUUUCAUAAUGAUCUGCAUCUGCAUGUGACUGGUGAGAUGUUAAAGAUUAACUCAGAUGAUUUGCGGAAAUGGUUGAAGACUCGCCAAAUUGAAUCAGUUAACGAGCAUGUACUUAUACCGAAUAGUGUCGCAACCGCACAAGCGGCAAAAGAUGCACUCGCAAAACAUAUCUACGCCAAGCUCUUUCAGUAUAUUGUUCAAGUGAUAAACAAGAGCCUAAAUACAGGAAGCCGUAAGCAAAACAGUUUCAUUGGUGUAUUGGAUAUCUAUGGGUUCGAGACUUUUGAAGUCAAUUCAUUUGAACAAUUUUGCAUUAACUAUGCCAAUGAGAAACUACAACAACAGUUCAACCAACAUGUAUUUAAAUUGGAACAAGAAGAGUACUUAAAAGAAGGUAUAACGUGGACAAUGAUCGAUUUUUACGAUAAUCAGCCAUGCAUAGAUUUAAUUGAAUCUAAGUUGGGUGUACUAGAUCUCUUGGACGAAGAAUGUAGAAUGCCGAAAGGAAGCGACGAGAGUUGGGCUGGGAAAUUGAUUGAAAAAUGCAAUAAAUAUCCACACUUCGAAAAGCCCCGUUUUGGCACUACAAGUUUUUACAUCAAACAUUUCUCCGAUACCGUUGAGUACGAUGUUUAUGGAUUUCUUGAAAAGAAUCGUGACACUGUUUCAAAAGAGCUUGUAAAUGUCAUACGUCAAUCAGAGAUGUCUUUGUGCAAACAACUAAUGGAAAUGGAAGAAGUAGAUACGCUGUGUGCAGAUGCAGCGAAGGUAACAACCCUAGGCGGACGGGUGGUGAUCAGUGCAUCUAGACAGCAGUUAACCGCCGACAACCGCAAACGAAUUGCUCCAUCAAAACAACACCGACGUUCAGUGGGUUCGCAAUUCAGAGAGAGUCUUUCCUCGUUAAUAUCUACUUUGCAUGCCACAACACCGCAUUACGUACGUUGCAUAAAGCCCAACGAUGACAAAGUGGCUUUCAAGUGGGAGGCGGCGAAAAUUGUCCAACAAUUACGUGCUUGUGGUGUACUCGAAACGGUGCGCAUCUCUGCUGCCGGCUUCCCUUCUCGCUGGUCAUACCAUGACUUCUAUAUGCGUUAUCAGCUGUUAUGCCAUCGUUCUUUGAUCAACAAGAAUGACUUGAAGCAAUCAUGUCACAAUAUCGUAACAAAAUGGAUUCUCGAUUCCGAUAAGUAUCGCUUCGGCAAUACGCAGAUAUUCUUUCGCGCUGGCCAAGUCGCCUUCUUGGAGCAGGUGCGUGCGAACUUACGCAAAAAGUACAUAACGAUUAUACAAUCGGUGGUGCGUCGAUUCAUACAUCGGCGUCGCUUUCAGCGAUUGCAGCGCACGGCGCUGGGCAUACAACGUUACGCGCGCGGCUACUUGGCCCGCCAGAAAGCGCAACAGAUGCGCGAAGAACAUGCAGCAGUUAUUAUAUCGAAGUAUGCCCGCGGUUGGCUGUGUCGCCGGCGUUAUUUGAGACUGCGCCAUACAAUAUGUGGCAUACAACAGUAUGCGCGUGGCAUGUUGGCGCGCCGACGUUUCCAGGCGGCUAUGGACUAUUAUCGUGCUGUGCAAAUUCAAAGAUUUGUGCGUGGCUAUUUGGCGAGACGCGCUUAUCAGAAGAAGCGAUAUGCCAUCAUUGUUUGUCAGUCAGCUGUGCGACGUUUCCUGGCCCGUCGACAAUUUAAGCGCCUGAAGGCUGAAGCGAAAACCAUUUCACACAUACAAAAAAUGUACAAAGGUCUCGAGAACAAAAUCAUAUCUAUGCAGCAGAAAAUUGAUGAGCUGAACCGCGAAAACGUCAGUCUUAAAUCAAAGUCUAGUGAAAUUUCCGUGCUUAAAAUGAAACUGGAGGUGAAAAAAUCGUUGGAAAUUGAAGUACGGAACCUUAAAUCGAUUGUUGCUGGGAAGGAUCACAAUUUAGUAGCGCUUAACAAGCAACUAGAGUUGGAGCGCGAUGAAAAAAUGCAAUUACUUGAAGAGAAAGAUCAUUCGGAACAGGAUUGGGUGCAACAAAAGCAGGCUUGGCGUAUAGAAAAUAUCGAACUGCGAAAACAGAUCGAUCAAAUGAUCGAAAUGGCCAAGAAUGUCGAAAGAAGCGCCAACUUACGCAACGAGCGUUCGUUCUCUGAAGUUGAAACUAACGAAAUUAAUGAGGCUUACCAGCGAGCUAUAAAGGAGAAAGAGAUCAUAGAAAAUGAAAACUAUAUUCUUAAGGAGGAGUUGAGUCGACAUCAAAAACCAAAUAACAUGCGUGAAAAUAAUCAACAUUCACGUUCGGUUAGUAAUGCUUCGAGUCAGAAUGAGGAUGACGUGGGCUACGUAUCCGCAAAGAACACGCUCGAGUUGAAACGCAGUCAAGGUGGAGAGCACGCGAAUCAGAUAUCAAUAGAAACCUUUGGACCAACAAUCGAAACCACAUCAACACCGAAAUCUGGUCAAACAAGUCUUAUUUUGAAAUUGCGCAGCAUACUUGAAGAGGAGAAAAAGAAAAACAAGUUGCUAAACGAACAAUUGGAUCGUCUAAUGAAGCGAAAUAGGCAAACAGAAGAUUCUAUACGAGUUUCAGAACUAGAAGUUGAGAAUGAAAAAUUACGCAGUGACUAUGAUUUGUUGCGCAGCAGCGUUCACCAUGGUUCCGAGAUGAAUGAAUUAGAAGCUCAAUACCAAGCACUGCAAGAGGAGCUACGGCGCAGACGCGAUGAGUGCAUUCAACUGAAGGCAGUGCUACAACAGCAAAGCCAGUCACUGAAGUCAUUUGGAACAACUGGAAUUUCACUACGUGGUGUAGAUUUAAAGAACCUUAAUGACAAUGAAUUGAUUGAGGCAUUCCAGGCACAAAAGCUGGUUAAUCGCCAACUGGAAUCUGAGUUGAGCGCUCUAACCGAAGAGAAUAACGCACAUCUUGCUGAUCUUACACGACAAAUUGAUGAGCUUCGCCACGAAAAGACACAAUUACAGGAUCUGCUGCACAAUGAACUCGAAGAACUUGAUGAGAGUAAUAUUGAAUCUCUACGCCAGAAUGAACGCUAUCUACGUUAUGAGCUGCAGCGUUCUUUUGCACAAUACUCACAGCUACAGGAGGAAAUGAAUAUUAUGACAAGGAAAUUUGAGGCGCUAAAACAGGGUAAUGAGAAAUUGAUAUUCAAGCUACAAGAACAUGGAAUUUCGCAAGAUGCAAAUGGCAAAGAGAGCGAAAAGAAUACUGUGGCGAGUGUGAGCAAGCAAAAGAUUCAAAACUACCAGGGUGUUAUGAAGUUCCGCAUUGAGGAUGUUGAUAAGAUACUGCAACGUCUGGUUGGCGGUAUGACACCACGUUUGGCUGUUGGCCUCUUUCCGGGCUUUCCUGCUUAUAUAAUAUUCAUGUGCAUUCGUUAUACAGAUCUUAUAAAUGCGGAUGACGAUGUUCGUGAGCUGCUGAGCAAAUUUGUAAUGCAAAUCAAAAAAAUUCAUCGCAAUCCUAAUGUGAUCGAAAUGCGUUUGCUUUGGCUGGUUAAUUCAAUCACGCUGCUGAAUUUGCUGAAACAAUAUGGUGAUGUUGAAGAAUACGUGAAAUUCAAUACGGAAAAACAAAAUCAACAACAAUUAAAGAAUUUUAAUUUGUAUGAGUAUCGCCGCGUUGUACUCGACAUAAUCAUCAGUCUCUAUCAGGUGUUGGUGAAGCAGAUACAGACAUUGCUCGAGCAAUAUAUAGUGCCUGCCAUACUCGAUAAUGACGAGAUCCAGCGUAGCAGGCAGGUGCCGGGUAUGCGGGCUCGUACUGCCUCCAUGGAUUCGACGUCAUCACCCGAGCAUGGCAAAGUAGCUGCUUGGAGGCUGCUCAUCAAUCACCUGGAACAAUUUUAUAAGCAAUUCCAACAUUUCGGCUUAGAUCGUUGUUACUCAGAGCAGAUAUUCCAUCAAUUAUUAUAUUUCAUUUGCGCGGUGGCUCUGAAUUGCUUGAUGUUGCGUGGUGAUAUUUGUAUGUGGGAGACGGGUAUGAUAAUACGUUAUAAUUUAGGUUAUAUCGAGGAUUGGGUGCGUAGCAAAAAAAUGUCAACUGAUGUCUUAGCGCCGUUGGCACCACUCAAUCAAGUAUCACAGUUGCUGCAAUCACGCAAGAGUGAACAAGAUGUGCAAAGUAUCUGUGAUUUGUGCACAUCUUUGAAUACGGCGCAAGUGCUUAAGGUGAUGAAAUCAUACAAGCUGGACGACUAUGAAAGUGAAAUAACAAAUACAUUCUUGGAGAAACUCACCAAAAAGCUAAACGAGCGUCCAAUGAUUAAAAACGACGAAUUUACUAUGGAUCAGAAAUUUAUACAUCCCUUUAAAGUAGUUUUCAAGUAUAGUGAUCUAAAAUUAGAAGACAUCGAAUUGCCGAAACACGUAGGGCUUGAAGAUUUGCUAACAAAAAUUUAAACAAGCCAGACACUUUUAUGCGCUAUGUUAAAAAAAAAAUGCAAGCAAGCCCAAUCACGCCACCCUCCGACAACAAACAACAAAUUAAUAUAGUGAACAGACCGCUGUUUCAAGAAAAUAUUUAUGACAAGUAUAAUAUUAAAUGUUGUUGUUUUAGAAAAAAAGAUAAUGUACCUUGCGCAUUUUGUUGCCAUCGUAAAUCACAUAUUCAUGUAUUAAGAAUGCGUACUUAUGAAAAAAAUUCCCCCAUACAGCAGAGUAUUGUAUACUUAAAAUACAGUAGCGCUAAUAUACAACAUACAUUAAUAUAUAUAUAUAUAUAUAUAUAUAUAUAUAUAUGUGUGUGUGUGUGUGUGCGUUAGUAUAAAAAAAUGCAUAGCAUAUAUGUAUCUAUACUAAAUUUAUUAACUAAGUUAUUUAUACCACUUGAAAAAUAUUAGUUAUUUGAGUUAACUUUAAUUAAGCUCAUGAACUAAAUAUUUCAUUAAAAAAUAUGAUCAUACAUGUGUCAAGGAUAUCAGAUAAAUCUUUUAAAGUAAACCAAAAUUUAGUAAAAAACAAUUGUGCUUCCUUUGCCAAGCGACGCCACGUAAACUACUAAGAUAUGUAGCUAUUCGUAUUAGUUAAUUUAGCCCUCGCUGAAUACGAUGUAUAUUCCUUGUAUUUGUUACUAUGUCUUAUUGCAAUUUAUAAUUUUUCUUUUUGUUUCAUUUGGGUUGUCAUCCUAUUUAACUUAAAACAUAUUAAUUCGUAUGGUAAUGUAGUGCAAGUUCGGAGGUAACACUUUGCAUAGAUUAAAAAUUGAUAAUGAUGGUAAAACCACAGCAACAUAGUUGCCUUAUUGUUGGUAAGCGGCAGCAGCAACAACAACAACUGAGUAUGUGUUAGUGAAAAAUUGUACAUGUGAUAACAAAGAGAAAUGAUUAUUUAUACAUGCCUAAACAUAUAUUUAUAGAAACAAAACAUUAAAUUUAUAGACAUAUUUAGUAGAUAUUUAUAUGGUUAUUGUAUCGUAGUAACAGAUGUAAAGUUCAACUGCCUGCCCUUAAAAGCUUAGAAAAAAUAUACAUAUGUACAUGCGUAUAAUUAUUAUUUUUUUGUUUUGCGCUAUUAAUUUUUCAAACGUUUUUCUUAUGUAUUAUGUACGAGUAUACCUUUUUUUUAAAUGUUUAUCAAUGUUCAAGGAUUUUGGAAAAGGAAUGUAAUUCAAAAAGAAUACAAACAGACAAUAUUACUUAAAAAUAUAAGUAUGUUCAUAAAAUUAAAAAAAAGCAAAUAGAAAGUCGUUAAAAAUGUGUUAGCAAACAGUACUUGUGCUCAUCAGAGCAAAAAGCAUAAAUCUGCUUUGGGAAUGCUUUUUUUAUUCUAUGCCAUUAUUUCAGGGCGAUAUCUUAAUAAAAAGCGCCAUUUAUUCGCUUCUUUAUAACGGCAUUGAAAGCAGAAUAAUAUAAAAUUGUAAUUUUCAUUGAUUGGCAUUUUUUCACGACAGCCGGUGUUACAGUUUCGGAUGAAUUGAUUUGAAUUUUCCGAGUAGGGUGUCCCAACGAAGGAUAACACUAACUAAAAGUUGUUGUCGCUUGAACGCCUUAAGCGAAAUUUAUUAUUCGGAUACUUUUUAUUUGCUAAAAAUAAUAUCAGACACAACUUUCAUGUUAUAAAAUAUAUAUGUUUACUAGUUGUUAAGUAGAAAAAAUAAAUAUUCCAUUUAUUUAGAAUAUAAUAUUUAGCGCAUUUUAUACAUACAUACUUACACAUACAAGUAAGUACAUAUACGUACGAGGCUUCGAUUCAAUUUAAUUGUGGUAAAAUUUUACUUAAAAAAAUAAGCUUGAAGAAGUAACCAGCAUAAAAAUUACUUGGUCUCAGCAGAAAACUUACCGAUUAUUUUGUAUAAACAUCGUACAAUACGGGCUGAGGACUGCUAAAUAUUGCAUCAAAUUAUUGAAAAUCGAGAAUUCAAAAGCAGUCGUAAAGUAAAGUUAUAUUGUGCACAUUUUUCACACAUGCAUACACACAUACAUACUGCAAUAUGAUCUUAAAAAAUUAAGCUCGGAAUUUCCUACUAAUUUGUUUGCCAUUUAAGACUUUUUGCCACCAUAAAUAAAUAUUUAUGUAUGAAUAACGCAUAUAAAUCAGUACAUUCCACAAAA